GGCAAAUCGGAGGUGGAUGGGGGGAAGCAUUGCAUUGCAUUAUCAAACCAGCGAGUACUUAAACAACCAAAUUUAUUCUCUGCUACUUUUUACUCUUCUUCUUUUCUCUUGUAACACUUGGUUUUUAUAUACUCUUACAAAAAAGCUUUUUUAUCUUACAAUCAUGGUUCUCCAGCCCCGCUCUCUCGCUCCCCAGUUCACCGCUGAGGCUCUUAUCGACGGCGAGUUCAAGACGAUCUCCCUGUCCGACUACAAGGGCAAGUACGUUGUCCUGUUCGCCUGGCCCUUCGACUUCACCUUCGUAUGCCCGACCGAGAUCUGCGCCUUCUCUGACCGCUACGAGGACUUCAAGAAGCUUGGUGCUGAGGUUCUCGGCUUCUCCUGCGACAGCGUGUUCAGCCACUUCAACUGGGUACAGCAGCCGCGUAAGGAGGGCGGUCUCGGUGAGAUCAAAUUCCCCAUGAUUGCCGACCCCACCCAGAAGAUUGCUCGCGACUACCAGAUCCUGUACGAGGACGAGGGCUGCCCUUGCCGCGGUCUGUUCAUCAUCGACCCGGAGCAGAAGAUCCGCAUCAUGAUGAUCAACGACAACCCCGUCGGUCGCUCCGUCGACGAGGCCCUGCGUCUCCUCGAGGCCCUGCAGUUCACCGACAAGCACGGUGAGGUCUGCCCUGCCAACUGGCAGGCCGGCCAGGCCACCAUCAAGCCCGAUAUUUCCGGAUCGAAGGACUUCUUUGCCCAGGCCAACUAAGAACCCCCCUUCCUUUGUUUCUCUUCAUUUCUUGUGAAAUAAAAAAU